AUGCCGUUGAGGUACUGUCCCUCUGAGUAUCAAGACAACUCUGAGAAAGCCUUGGCACUCAACCUGUACGAAGCAAGCACCAACGACGGGCAAUCUGUAUUGGCGAAAUGGGCCCAACCAGUUAUUCCCGCUACACAAAGCUUGGCCCAGUUUCCCCGACGCAUGGCAGAACUAAUCUGUAGCGGCUGCGGAAGGGAGGAUCAAUCGGAAGGUUACUUCUCUUUGCCCGGGGAGCAACCAGAAAUAUAUGAGCCUAGCCGGCCAUAUUCUGCAGAAACGCGGCCAAUGGUAGAGAGUCGAGUCCUGCCGGAGACCAUCCCAUUUCCCCUGGUUGAUACAAAGCCAUUCGGUCAUUCCGUCUUUGGCGAUGGUUCGACUCAGUGUGCCCAAACAGACACGUCAUUUGCGGGAGUAUCCAAAUUACACACCACACCAGAGUUCGCCAGCCAAAGCUACAUUUGCGCUCAUGACAGUACGUUCAGCGGAGUUUUUCAUGACGAAACUGUCAAGCAGGAUCCAGGCCUCGAUAACUCGCCUAUUUUUGGACAAGACAGUUUGAUACAAAACAGCCAAACGCACGCUAGUUACGAGUAUAACACAUUGAAUGCAUCAGUGGGGCAAACGAUGCAACAAACCGACUUGAGUCCUAGCUCUGGAUACCCAGGUGCAAUCAUGUCACAAGGAAAUCUCCUCGAACCCGACCUUCUCGGGUCGUGGACCAACUCAAGUGUGCAAGUUCAGCCAUCAAACUUCGACAUCCUACUACCGAAUCAGCGUGGCGGAAAGCGGGGUCCAUUUCGGGACCCCAAUCUGCGAGAACAGACGGCACAAACUAGAAAAAUAGGAUCGUGCAUCCGUUGCAGAAUGCAACGAAUACGGUGUGAGCAUAACCCAGAGGAACCGGGAGGGGCCUGCCUUACUUGCAAAAAGGUAUCCAAUACUAAAGCGGGACGUUUUCCAUGUCUGAGGUAUAAAAUCACCGACAUCAGGCUUUUCAAGCCUGGUCAAGUCCCCGGAUACGAAUGGACACGGCGGUGGACGAAUAACAUAUCUGACCCAAUCCAAAAAUGGGCGUCAUCAGAUGUCAAGUUCAUCCGUAUCUCAGCCGGCUAUUCUACAAAGAGCAUUGAGCUGCGAGUGCGGAAGUUUGUGCCACAAGACGGUGAUAAACUGGAACGUACAUGGGACUUCGAGGGUAGCAAAAGAUCUGUAAAAAUCCCACCAUAUGCGUUGAUGGACCUGGAUGAUGGCAAGUCAGCCUACAUGACACAUAUCCGGGAUGCUAUGGGUGAUACCCUACAAUACGUAGCUGAGCGCUCCAGUGGGUUGUUGAGAAAGACAUAUAUUCAGGCGUUUCGAAUGUACCAGGAUGCCUCGAUCCCAGAAGACUGGAGACAGCUCUUUGACUGGACCUUUAGACUAUGGGUAGCCAUUCGACUUUCGACUACCUCGGACUUCAUUGUCGGUGACGAAAAACUUGGCAUGCCGAACAACAUUCUAGACAGCACGAACCCCAAUAGUGGGAAGAUUCCUGUUCCGCCGGUCCUCGGUGCACAACUGGACCUGGUCUUGAUUCAUCACAUCCAGACAAAACUCAGACGCGAAUUACUGGACAAGUUGCAAAAAAUGGUUCUAAAGAACAAGCAAAGCACAUGGUUUGUAACGUACCUUGUGACCUUUAUGUUGUUACACAACGCAGCCCUCAUUACCGCACAUGAUGCAGCGUACGCUAGAAAGCACAGAAUCAAGCGCCGAUUUGCUCGUGAGGACAAAGUUAAGGAGUACCAUCUUGGAGCAAACAUCCUUCUCGCUCAUUUCCACUAUUGUAACAAGGGUUGGUAUCCAUUCUCGGAGGAUUGCAAGGACCAGGAUCUGCGGACGCUGGCAGAUCUAAAUGACGACAAGAUUCAGUUUGUGCAUGCGACCAGGAGGUUUGCCAGGGAACACAGGUUGAUGCAUGCAGAACGAGAAUGGGACGAGCUGCGGGAGCAAGGUGCUUGGGAAGAUGAUUACUUUUUUGUGAGCCAGCUGUUCGAAGAGAACUGGCAUCCCCGGUCUAUCGCAUAA